GUCAGAGAACAGUCGCGGGGUCCCGCGGUCCCCAACCCGAGUGACAGCGCCCGCAGGAGCCCCUUUGCCCCCGCGCCCCGGGGGAAGCAAGACCCAGGGGAUUUGAAGGGCAGAGAGGGAGAGGUAUCGCGGCGAAGGCAGGUUGCCACCAUGUCUACUUUGAUGGAAAUCAAGAGUAGUGUGCUCAGGCAAGUGCAAGUGUGUCCAUCCUUCCGACGCAAGACAGAGCCGGAGCCCGGGAGCACCAGUGCUGACCCUCCAGAGCCUGCAACGGGGGCCUGGAAACCUGGGGAUGGCAUGGAGUUCUUUGCCCACAUGCGCCUCAUCCUAAAGAAGAAGGAAGGAAGACAAGGCCUCCCUUGUCCAGAGGUCCUCUUGCGGAGCGGCUCACCAGCCCCUGCUGAACCUGUGGACCCCAACCUCGGCCUGAGAGCCCUGACCCAGGAGGAAGUGGAGAUGCUCUAUGAGGAAGCCUUGUAUACAGUCCUCCACCGUGCUGGCACCAUGGGCCCGGCCCAGGUGGAUGAUGAGGAGAUCCUGCUGGGCUACCUGCAGCAGGUGUUUGGCACCAGCCCUGAGGAACACACUGAGGCCAUCAAGCGUGUGAAGAAAGCCAAGGCCCCUACAUAUACCCUGAAAGUCUCUGUCAUGCGUGCUAAGAACCUCCUGGCUAAAGACCCAAAUGGCUUCAGUGACCCGUACUGCAUGCUGGGCAUCCUGCCAGCUUCAGGCACCCCUCGGGAGCAGAGUGGGCAGAAGGAACAGCGCUUCAGUUUCCGCAAGGGCAGCAAGCACAGUAGUCUGCUGCCAGCCAAGUGCAUUCAGGUCACAGAGGUCAAGAGCAGUACCCUGAACCCUGUUUGGAAGGAGCACUUCCUGUUUGAGAUUGAAGAUGUCAACACGGACCAGCUGCACCUGGACAUCUGGGAUCAUGAUGAUGAUGUGUCCCUGGCAGAAGCAUGCAGAAAGCUGAAUGAAGUCAUUGGCCUCAAGGGCAUGGGCAGGUACUUCAAACAGAUCGUCAAGUCAGCUCGUACAAAUGGGACAGCAGGGCCCACAGAGGACCACACUGAUGACUUCCUGGGGUGCCUCAACAUCCCUGUCCGGGAUGUGCCAGUGGCUGGUGCUGACCGCUGGUUCAAGCUGGAACCACGCUCUAGUGCCUCACGUGUGCAGGGAGACUGCCACCUAGUCCUCAAGCUCAUCACAACACAGAGGGACACAGUCAUGAGCCAGCGUGGCCGCUCUGGCUUCCUGUCCUACCUGCUACUCCUGAGCCGCAUACUACAGUUCGAGCACCAAGCAGAGGAGUCCAAUUCAAGUAACUGGCGUGGUGAGUUCAGUGGGCCUGGGUCCACAGUCCUCUGCCUGCAUGGAGCUCAGAGUAACCUGUCACCCUUGCAGCUGGCUGUCCUGCACUGGCAGGUCAGCAGCCGCCACCAUCAGACGUGCACGCUGGACUAUGGCUACUUGCUGGGGCUGCUGGAAGACAUGCAGGCACACUGGGAAGAAGCAGCCUCGCUGCCCCAGGAGCAGGAGGAGAGUCUGGCUGACAGCUUCUCUGCCUUCUCUGAGUAUGGGCUGCAACUGCUGCGCCGGCUCCGAGAUUACUUCCCUGCCACCAACAGCACUGCUGUCUACCGUCUGGAGCUGCUGCUAAAGUGCUUAGAUAAGCUGCAACUCUUCCAACCUUCCUUUGAGAUUUGCCCCUUUGAGACGGAGCUGAACAUGGACAUCGCUGCUGCCCUGAAGAGAGGCAACCGUGAGUGGUACAACAGGCUCCUGAACACCAAGAGUCCCCGAGAACAGUCAGGGCCACAGCGCCUCCCCGGGCUCGUGGAGCUAGCAGACAUCAUCUAUGAGGACCUUCAAGCUUGCUAUGGCAUCUAUGCCAGCCUCUUCCAUGGUAUCCUCAAGGUGGACUUCUUCACCCUUACCUUCCGGCAGCUAGAGCGUCUGUUGGCCGAGGAGGCAUGGGUGCUGACUGAGGAACUGAGCCCCAAGAUGACUCUCCAGGUGGCCUCAGGGCUCUUUGAGCUGUACCUGACCCUGGCUGAUCUCCAGCGCUUUUGGAGUUGCAUCCCUGGCCGGGAUGGCCGCUCCCUGGCCCUGGCUGGCAUCCAUACCCCAUUCCUGCCUGCUGUGAAGAUCUGGCUACAGGUCCUGCGAGACCAAGUCAAAUGGCGUCUCCAGGGAGCAGUGGAUAUGGACACACUGGAACCUGUGGAUGCCUCCUCCAAACACAGCAGCUCCGCGGCCACUGCUAGCCUCUGCUUCAGCCACAUCCAGGAGCUCUGGGUCCACCUUGCCUGGCCUGACCUUACUCAGGCUCAAGGCCUGGGGACUCAGCUCAGCCAGGACAUGUGUGGGGCAGCCCUCUUCUACACAGAGUUGCUGAGGAAGAAAGUAGACAUCCAGCCUGGGGCUGUUGGCGAGACAGUGAGCGAGCCGCUCUGUGUGGUGCUCAAUAACGUGGAGCUGGUGCGCAGGGCUUCAGGGCAGGCACUUCGGGGCCUGGCCUGGCCUGAGGGUGUAGCGGGGCUUCCCCGCCCCCUCCUCAGCUGCACACAGGCCUUAGAGGAUGACCUGCGGCGAGAGGCCCACACUGUGACUGCACACCUGACCUCCAAGAUGGUGGCUGACAUCAGGAAGUACGUGCAGCACAUCAGCCUCUCCCCAGACUCCAUUCAGAAUGACGAGGCUGUAGCUCCACUCAUGAAGUACCUGGAUGAGAAACUGGCCCUGCUGAAUGCCUCCUUGGUAAAGGAGAACCUAGGAAGAGUGUUGGAGGCCCUCUGGGAGCUGCUCCUUCAGGCUAUUUUGCAGGCACUGGGUGGAAACGGUGAUGUCUCUGCAGACUUCUAUGGACGUUUCCACUUCACACUGGAGGCUCUGGUUAACUUUUUUCAUGCUGAGGGCCAGGGACUGCCUCUGGAGACCCUCAAGGAUGGAAGUUACAAGAGGCUGGAGGAGGAACUGCGGCUGCACAAAUGCUCCACACGUGAGUGCAUUGAGCAGUUUUAUCUGGAUAAGCUCAAGCAGAAGUCCCUGGAGCAGAACCGCUUUGGCCGCCUGAAUGUCCGCUGCUAUUAUGAGGCAGCAGAGCAGCGGCUGGCAGUGGAGGUGUUGCAUGCUGCAGACCUGCUCCCCCUGGAUACCAAUGGCCUGAGUGACCCUUUUGUGAUUGUGGAACUGGGACCCCCACAUCUCUUCCCGCUGGCCCGCAGCCAGAGGACCCAGGUCAAGGCCCGGACACUACACCCUGUAUACGAUGAGCUCUUCCACUUUUCCGUGUCUGCAGAAGCAUGCCGCCGCCGCGGGGCCUGUGUGCUAUUCACUGUCAUGGACCAUGACUGGCUAUCCACCAACGACUUUGCUGGGGAGGCGGCCCUUGGCUUGAAUGGGGUCUGCGGCAUCUCAAGGCCCCAAGUGGGUGGGGGAAUGAGAGCAGGGCAGCCCAUCACCCUGCAUCUGCGCCGGCCCAGGGCCCAGGUGAGGUCAGCGCUGAGGAUGCUCGAGGGCCGCAGCAACAAGGAGGCACAGGAAUUUGUCAGGAAGCUUAAGGAGCUGGAGAAGUGUAUGGAGGCAGAUCCCUGAGCACACCCACCCCAACAAGCUGUCCAGCUCUGUGCUCCCCUGAUCUGCAGCUCUGUCCAAACCCUGAGGUACCCUUAUCCUUGCUGUAGCCCUUUGGUUCAUGCACUGGACUCCUUGCACGCCAGCAUGCUCCACCCCAAAUAUGGGGACCAGCUUGGAAGGAGCUGGCCAGCAGUAGUCCCUGGACUUAUUAGAACAGAAUGGACCUAGUCAGGCGGUACCCCUCCUCUGGGCUCACAGGCAGUAGAACAGUGGGCAGCUGGUUUCAAUGGUCUAUUCUCUAGGGAGCCACUAAGCUAUGUCUGAAGACUGUGGUUACGUUGGGACAUGAAGCUGUACUAGUUCCAGAGGGUGGGAGCCAGGGAUGUGCCUCAGGAUCCUGCAGUGCAUCAGUCCCCAAAUAAUGGUCCGUCCCUACUAUGAGCACUGUCCCUAUGGAAAGCCCUUCUUGGAGUUCCCAGAAGCAAGGCCCCCAACAGUCAAGAGGCUGGAGGUCAAGAUUAGAGGAACUAAGAAUUGGAGGGAAGCAAUGACCGGGGCCCCAGGUGGAAGUCACGGGCAAGAAAGUCUGUUAUGCUCACUCGCCCUUUCCUGGCUCUGCACCCCAUGUACAGUAAGAUGAACAGGGGACUUGCUGAAAAAUCACAGCUCCCAAGUAGGGCACUGGUCUGGGAGAGGCUCCCCCAUGGUCACUGUAAGGUGAGGGGGAACACCCACAGCUCGGCCAC